UUGAUGUCGUAUGCUUAGCCUCGCCCUAGUUAAAAUCAGGGCGGCACAGACAGAUCCGCACUCUCCCGCCUCGUUUUUGGAAAAACCUCCCAGCCCUAGCUCUCCAAUUUCUUCCUCGCAACCAUGAAGCUCGUCAGGUUCUUGAUGAAGUUGAACAACGAAACUGUGUCGAUCGAGCUCAAGAACGGCACCGUUGUCAAUGGCACCAUCACAGGUGUAGAUAUCAGUAUGAAUACACAUUUGAAGACUGUGAAACUUACACUCAGGGGAAAGAAUCCAGUGACUCUGGAUCAUCUCAGUGUGAGGGGUAACAAUAUUCGAUACUACAUCCUUCCUGACAGCUUGAAUCUUGAGACUCUGCUGGUUGAAGAGACGCCUAGGGUCAAGCCCAAGAAGCCAACUGCUGGGAGGCCUGUGGGAAGGGGCCGGGGCCGUGGACGUGGACGCGGUCGUGGCCGUGGUGGUCGUUAAAUACGCUGCACUAGUUAAUUUUUGUGACAAGAACUUGGCCUGCCUGGUUUGUAAACACCUCUGUAGAACGAACUUAUGAAAUGAGCGUCACUUUUCCUGGUUAUGUAAAAACCUAUGUAGGAAGCACUUAUCUAUGAUCUUGGAGACGUGAAAUGAGCGGCAUUGCAUUGUUAUUUGAGUCUAUUCCGAGUUAAAUUCUUAAAUGCUAUUAUGAAGUGGGUGAUUGAUAUGGUUUUGACUUCUCAUAUCUACUUUCUUCUUAAGCCAGUUCAACAUC